AUGGCCCCUCCUCGAUCCACGUUCAGUUCGGUGCAUGGUGCCACCAGCACGUAUAAUCGUUCUCCAACGUCUGAUCCAAUAAUUGCUCCUAGCAUUGGAAAGCGAAAUGCUCUCCGUCAAAAGCUGCUUCUGACAGCCUCAAUACUUGUGCUGCUGGCCACCACAAUAUUUUUGAUUGUCAAGCUCGUGCACCUACGGAUAUACAACCCGAUGGAUGACUAUCAGAUAUUAAACCCCUUCCCCAUCCUAUACGACCAAUCAAACACCCCUCAAUCCGACCCGAACGCCUUGGCCGUCGUCUCUACCCUUUACUCAAACAACUACGCGAUGUCCACCGCCGUCCUCGCCCACUCCGUCCGGAGCGUGAACUCCACUGCGCGCUUGAUUCUCCUAUAUAUCGAUGGACAAGUCUCUGAGGAGGCUCUUUGCAUAAGCAGGGCCUCAGGAUGGGAGCUGCUUGCCGUCCCACGAAUUGCUCCACCAAAAGGAGGGAAGGGCGUAUACUAUCGAUUCGUCGACCAAUACACGAAACUCAACCUGUGGGGCUUGGAUAAACAUGGCAUCGACCGCCUGGUUUAUCUAGAUGCAGACACACUCGUCCGGCGAAACUUCGAUGAAUUGUUCAACCUUCCGUUCAGCUUUGCUGCCGUGCCGGAUGUAUACGGCCCAGGGAACCCGCAGGGAUUUAGACUCGGGUUCAAUGCGGGGGUCAUGGCAAUCCGCACAUCAUCCUCUGUGUUGAGAGAUAUGAAGAAUAACAUCGAGACAGCUAGGUAUCCGAUAGGGCAAGCGGAACAAGCCUUCCUGAAUUUGUAUUAUGGUGUGAAGGCGGUGCGGCUUCCCUACAUCUACAACGCCUUGAUAUCAAUCAAGAAACGGAAUCGGGUGCUCUGGGAAGAGUUAAAAAGCCACAUCUCCGUCAUUCAUUAUACCGAGCGGAAGCCAUUCAUGCUGGAGGCCCAGCCGGGGGAGAGGAUAUUGACUCCGGAGGAAACUGAAACGGCCAUAGAUAUAGCUCAACGGGAUUUCGAACGUUGGGCAGAAGAGUUUGGGUGGUGGCGAUCUGCUUACCACAGUAUGAUGGCAAAACACGGAGCCGAGGUCAAACGAUGCACUCUAUGA